ACCUGAAGCUGGGUCUAGCGUGGGAACUGGGAGGACGGAAGCUUCAGUGGAUCAAACUUCUCCAGCAUGAGUUCUCAGAGGGGAAACGUGCAACGCACCCGGCCUCAGAAACACCGGAAUGCCGCGGUUUUUAAGAAUGACAAGUAUGACAGCAGCACAAAGACCAAGAAGAUAAACUCCAAACAACAUGAUGGAGUGUGCCAGCGCUGCAAGGAUGUGCUGGAAUGGCGGGUAAAAUUCAGCAAGUACAAGCCGUUGUCUCAGCCUAAGAAGUGUGUGAAGUGCCUGCAGAAGACGGUGAAGGAUGCUUACCAUAUCAUAUGCAAGCCGUGUGCCCUACAGCUCGAACUUUGCUCCAAGUGUGGACAAAAACAAGACAUUGUUUCUCCAGCAGCAAAGGACCAACAGACGGACACAUCUGCACCUAAUGAAAAUCAUGAUGGCGCCUGUGAUGCAGAAGAUGACUUAGAUUUCCAUAUAGAUUUAGAGUCUGGAGAAGAUGAUGAUGGUGAACUUGCUGAGGGCAGGACACCGUGUAAAAACACUACAGUGACCGGCAGCUAACAUUACAGAAAAUCCUUAUAAUGAAUGAACCAUGUAUCUUCUAUGCCAGCAGGAGAGGGGCCUUUACCAAUUCAGACUCCUAACAUUACAGCCCACGUGGAGAAAACUCUACGUCCUAUAGGCUGUGGGGCCUGUAUUUCUUCCUGUAAUAACUCAAUUCAUAUAUUUUAGAGAAUUCCUUUACAAUUUGCUUUACUACCGUCACUGUAGUACCAGUAAUAUAUGUUCCUGUACCUGCAGAAAAUUAGUAUGCAGUGCUCAUCCUGAGUAAAUUAUUUGACGCCUUGAAGUCAUUUAAUCCCAAGAUGUGAAGGUCACAAGAUUACACCGAACAAUUUAUUACUGCAGGCAAUGGUCUAAUAAGGCUGAGACCACACAGUGCGAAUAGAUGUUACCUGCGAGUAUAGUGGAGCGCACAGCGCUAGUGAAUUCUAAGAUUGGGUUCCGGCCAGCUCAUUAUCCAUGACAAAGUCGCAUUUAAAGCUACAAUGUUUUGCUGUAUGUGUUUCUUUGUGAUUUCCACAAAAUAAAACUUGACACCUGCCUUUUUCAGGAUGAG